GUUGGAUCUAUAACGAAUUGUUUUCAUUACGUUUUUUAGAGUAUCAUUUAUAAUGCCUAAAGUACCACCAACGAAAAAUCCUCAUGACGAUAUUAAGUAUCACCUUGUUCAUAAAGGGAGUGAGCCAGGGUGCUACCAACUUCACAGACCAUCAGUAUGCCGUCUCAAAUUCCCAGCUACGAAGCGGCCGAUACAUAAGUGUGAGAUACCAAAACAUGAGUACACCCUGGUGCCGCAGGUUGGGGGAUGGAGGGAACUGCUGGUCCCAAAGACUGAGCCCAACUUCUACCCUGCAGUGAUGCAUAAAAACGAGUUUGAUCGGCUGAAGAAACAAGCCAAGAUAGUGUCUCAAGAUGAAACACUCGCCGCGAUGCACGCCCAAGAGGCGGCAGUGCAGAAGGCUGCCAAAGAGUCCGAGAUGAGGAAGCAGAGGCUCAAAGAGAAACUCAAGCCGCAGCCAGGCGCCGAGGCUGCCAGCGCUGCUGACGCCGAGCUCGAGGGACCAGACCAGACUGCUCACACGUUGUCCAGAGCAGAGAUUCUUCGUGCUGACAACAUGCAGGGGCCAAGAUUGUGCAACCGCAUCAUCCUGGCCUCCAAAUGUCACGCCAUUCGAGAUGCUCAAAUCGCCGAGAUGGAACUUAUCAAGAAGGAAAUGGAAGAGGAGCAACGAAGACUAGAUGCUGUCAUGGAGGAGAACCGUCAAGCAGCCGUGCGUCGAGCUGAGGAGGAGGAGGAGCGGAGACAUGAGUUGAGGCUGCAGAACCUGGCCGCGUUGAAGGAGCAAAUCAAGGCGCACGAGACUGCCAAAAUAAUGGAAGCGGAGCGCAUCGAGGAAGAGAGUAUCAGAGUGAACCAAGCCAACAUCGCGAUGCAGAUUGACGAGGCACAGAAGCUGAAAGAAAAACAUGGCCGCUGCGCUAAACUUAAGGAAAUCCUUGACCAGGGUAAUGCUGAGUUACUCUACUACAAGCAGAUGCAGAACGAAGAAGACAGGAUAAUGGAUCUUCGCGUGGCGGAGUUCCUACGGCAGAAGCAGGAACGAGAGGCGAGGAAUAAGGCAGAACAAGAAGCUAUCAAGGCGGCUAAGCAAAAAGGAAUCGAUCAUAUCGCAAAGGCACAGAAGGCUGAGCAAGAGUUGAAGGAAGAACUGGAGCGCAUUCGGAAUUUGAAGAUCCAGGAGGACGUGGAGAGAGAGUACCGGCGCAAGGAGCGGGAGGCAGCCAUCAAGCGGAACCGGGAGAUGAAGCGCUUGCACGAGGCGCGAGUGCAACAGAUCCACGACAUUCACCGUCUCAUCGCGCGAGAGAUCGCAAAAGACGAGCAGAGUUUCAACAACGCGGCGAGGCAGAAUGAAGAGUUCAUACGGAAAGAGAAAGAGUUGGAUGACAAGCGUAAGGCGCGUAUUGAGAAACAUAGACAAGAGAUUAUGAAACAGAUCAACGACAAAGAGAGGGGCAGGAUGGAACUAAGAGAAAAGGUUCAUAAUGAGGGAGUCGCGCUACGCAUGCAGCAAGAGCAGCAGGAUAAAUAUGAGAGGAAGAUCAUCAAACAGAAGGUUGCUGAGAUGAGGCAGCAGAAAGUUUCUGAGAAAUACGUGAAGGAAGUAGAGCAGACUCUUGGGAAGUACGGAUAUCACUAAACGAACGCACCAACCGUUCGACAACAUUUUGAUAUUAUUUGUCAUAGUGACGAGACUAAAAAUACUUACGUACAAUUUUUGUAAAACUACUUACUCAGAAUACAUGCAUUUG